UUGACAGGACACAAGAUGGCGGGGUUGCUACAACAACAUGAUGCUACUGCCACUGAUCUGUAGCUGAGAUUUUGCAAAACACAAUCGAAUCCUUCGAAUGUUACAUGAUUUCAUCCAAAAGAAGGAGUGGUUGAUUCGAAAUGCCAGUUGCAACCGGAGUUGAUGCAUUCGUUGCUUUUGAGCGGCAACUGAGGACUCUCUGUUUAGAUGAAUUUCCGUGUGGAACAGGUUCAUGGAGGACUGCGUCAGACAACAGGAAUCCAGUCACCCAAUUUUCAGUUACCCUUAGAGAUUAUGGAGCCGGCAAGGAGCAGGAGGAGACUCUGGAGGAGCUAGUGACAUCCAAGUACUCCCCUUACAGUGUGGACUAUACCUGGAGUAAAGAGGCCCGUCAACUGAGGGAGAUCGCUGUCAAAAGCCCGUGGUUGAUCACCAGGAACUUCAUCCUGAAACACUUCCAGACGAUGAAGAUCGUGGAUAAGAAUGUAUGUAAUGUUGAUAAAGGGAUGCUUCAGUUUCCAAGGUUGAUUGAACUCACUCUCAGUGCCAACUCAUUACAAAGUGUAGACUCUAGAAAUCUUCCAAUAACAUUACAGGUUUUGGAACUUGUAGCCAACGAGAUAAGUGAUCUGGAACCACUGUGUAAUGCCCCUCCACCAGGUCUCCUUCAUUUAGGUCUAGGUCUCAACAGAAUAUCAGCCCUCCAUGACUACCUAACAGGGCCCUAUUGGCCACAGCUUUUAUCGUUGGAUCUAAGUUACAACAAUCUGUGUGAUUUCAAAGAAGUUAUCUACAAGCUUCAGACUUUACCUAAACUCAGAAAUCUUGUUCUCAUUGGAAAUCCACUAGCAUUGCUGCCUGGUUACCGGGGCUACACGGUUGAUAGCUUGCGAAAAUUGACUAUCCUUGAUGAUAUGCAGAUAUCAGCAGAUGAGAAGCAUCACUUCAAAGGACUAGCCAGGCGGAGAGAGUUUGUACGAGAUGAAGCAAAGAUCAUUCUGAAAUUGCGUGCUUUGUCAGGAAUCCCAAUGCCAGCAGAGUUGCAGGCAACAGAAGAAUUACCAGACUUUCCUAUCAUCACAAGGACGUAUUAUGUAGAGUUCCAAUUUUUGGAAGACUUCUUAAACACUAAUUCUCAGAAGGAUGGAGAGAAAAAUCAAGAGCAAGAGAAAGAUGGAAAGGAGGAGGAAGGGGAGAAGGAAGCUAAUUUGGAUGAACAAGCAGAUGGACCUGGAGGAAAGGCAGAAGAAGACCAGCAACCACAAGAGAAUGGAAGUAUCCAGGAAAAUGGUCAUCAAGAUGGAACAGAAACUGAUAAUGUCAGCACAGUAGCCACGGUGCCAGAGAAGGAGGCAACAGAGAUUAGUGAGGAUGAGGCGCUCCCAUCUCAGCAACCACUCAAGCUGGUUCCCUACAGGACUGAUGGGCUUCCUUGGGCAGAAGAAGGGAUGGAGCUGGUGUAUGAGAGAGAGGUUCAGAUUGAUGAUUUGCCUGCAUUGAAGGAGCUUUUCAAGAAAGGACUGGAUAUUGACAUCAAGGAGGAUAAGGUCCUGUCAUAUCCUGCUGAGGAUGAUGGAAGAGGGAGUGUUACGAGCAAGAAAGGGAAGGACGGAGGUAAACCUGAGAAAAGAGGAGCUAGUGUCAACAAAGACAAACCAAAAGAUGCUAAGCCUGCCAAAGAUGAUGGAAAGAAGAAGAAGAAGAAAGAGCCUGAGAUAGAGCUAACUCACAUGCCCCCUGAGGUCACUAUCCUGGGAUCGUACCAUUUAGAAACGGGGGAGAUAGUGAAUGGUGAAACCAAGAUAGAACAGGUGUGCAUCUGUGGGGGUGGAUCGCUGGAGGCACAGCAGGAGGAUGAGAAAGAAGAGGAGGUCUCGGAUGGAAAGAAGGACAAGAAGAAGAAGGAUGGAGGAGAAUCAGCAAAAGGAAAGAAAGGAAAAGAUGCAAAGCAAGAUAAAGGUAAAGGCAAAAAACCAGGCAAGGGGGAUGGCAAGGAUGCCAAAAAGGACGGCGGAAAGGGAGGAAAGCGUCCCAAUACGGGGGUCACCCUCGCAGGGGAGGACGAAGAGGAGAAGCCCCCGCCCCCUCCCCCUUUGACUGUCACUAUUGAGCUUGAACUGGUCCAUUGGAAGACGGCUCAAGAAUCUAUUCCCAAGUUAGCCCCGGCUGUCACACCGACCGUCCAUGAGAGCGAGGAAGGAAAAUCAGAGGUCCCUGCAUGACCGCGAGAUUUUCGAUUUGAUAGUGAACUGUUUUGGCAGGGGAAAUUGGAUUUAUGAGCCCGUUGCAAGCAGGAGCAAGGACCAUUACUUUUCCUUUAUCCGAUAAUGUGAGGAAAGGAUAUCACAAACACUAUUAAGUUUUUAUGAAUGGCGGUGGUGGGUAUCUUGCCUGAUUUCUAGGAGA